AUGAAUUAAGUAUAUUAUAAGCUAUUGGAAUUUUUAUAUGUAAAAUAAUAAAAAGGUUUAUAUUGAACUAAUCGAGAUAAUAAAUUUCAAAUUAUUUCAUCUAAAAACACUUUAUAAUUACAUGAGAUCUUUUUUCACUCAAUAGAUUGUAAAGCAUUUUUAUUUUAAAAUAUCGAUUUUGGAGAUAAUUUUUCCAUAUUUUUUUUAGAGUAAAUCUUUUAUAAGUUGGAUACAUUAAUUUAAUAAUAUUUCAGUGCUGAUAAGUCAUCUUAUUAAGUAAGAGAAGAAAUCAAUUAAAUUAAAAAUCAUUGCAUUUUAUAUCAAAAUUAUUGGUAUUCUUUUUAAAAUCAAAUCUUAAAAAGACCAAUCUAACAAAAAUAUAAUAUUUUUGCUCAAAAGAUUGGCAAGAGACCAAAAAGAAAUAUAUUUAGUAUGGAAUAAAUAUUAUCCUAACCAGUUGAUCGAAAUUGCGAUUAUUAUACACCAGUUUUCAAGUAAGAGGAUUUUAAAAAUCUACUUAUGAGAACAAGAGAUCCUUUUGAAAAAGGGGCAUAAGUUUACUUUUGUUAUAGUAGAUUGUCAAAUAGAAAAAUGCUACUUAAAUAUGGAAUGGCUCUAGAGUAUAAUAAAUAUGAUAGUGCAUUUUUAAGGGUUGAAUUUUUCAAAUAUAUCAAAAAUAAGGUAGGUCUUUGGAUAAUUCAUAGAUUUAAACUCAAUAAAUUAAAGAGAUUUAAACUUAAGCAUAUAAUUCCUCCUUAUGAAUUUAUAGUGUUUUGUAAAUUAAUUUAUUGGUAAAAUAUGUUUGAUAUCCAUUCUUUAGGAACUCAAAUGUUCAUUCUGUAGAUACCAUUUUUAAGAUCUAAGAUUUAUAAUUAGAGAGAAAAGCUUUAUCUUUAGCUCUGGAGAUUUUGCUUGAAUAAAAUUCUAAAUUUAAGGAAACAGUUGAGGACCUUGAGUAAUCAUUGCUUGAUAAAAGUUUAGGAUAUCAUUAGUAUUUUGCAGUAGUAUAUAGAUUAGAAAAAUUGAGGAUAUAUCGAAGAAAUAUUUAGUAUUAUUUUUAUACUAUCAAGUCUAAUUAAUAUCAUUAUAAUCGUGCUUGAUAAAAUGAUGAAUGGAGUUCCAUUUGAAUAAGCAAGUGAAAGAACAGAGUACGAUUUCGAUUUUUAUGAAACAAAUAGAUACAUAUUAAGGAAAUAUUUUGAUUAGUUAAAAUGGGCAAUUUAUUAAUCAAAAUGA